AUGGAAUUAGACACCGGCGCUCCAUGCGCGGUAAUUAGUUACAAAACCCUUCGAUCGAUAAGACCGAAUUUUAAGUUGCUUAAAAGUGAUAGGCGAUUCACAAACUACACGGGUCAUAAGGUUAAUUGCGUAGGACGGAUUGUAGUAUCAGCGCCAAUGGGUAAAAUAGUACGACGGUUAAGUCUGUAUGUCGUGGAAGGAGAUUGUGAUAUACUUUGCGGCAGGGGAUGGAUAUCACAAUUUGCGAGAGAGAUUAACUUUUCUGAAUUUUUUUCUUCGUCCAACCAUAUUAAUUCAAUAAACUCUUUAGAGCGAGAACUGUCUACAAACCAGCGAGAGCGGCUCCAACAACUGAUCGAGAGGUUUAAGAACGUAUUUAGUGAAACGGCUGGGAAGCUUAGUGGUCCACCUGCUAAAGUGCAUCUAAAAAAGGGAGCUACUUCAGUGUUCGCACGACCUCGCAAAGUUCCAAUGGCAUUAAAAGAUGCUUACGGCAAAGAAAUUGAUCGAAACAUUCAAUUGGGGUAUUACAAGAGAGUAGAUCAUUCGGAAUGGGCUUCAACUACGCAUAUAGUUGCAAAGAAAAACGGUGGUAUUCGCAUUACAGGCAAUUACAAACCUACAGUUAACCCACGAAUGAUAAUUGAUGAACAUCCAAUUCCGAAAGCGGAAGAUUUAUUUAAUAAAAUGAAAAAUGCAACAAUUUUUUGUCAUCUUGAUGUAACAGAUGCAUACACCCAUCUUACAAUUGACGAAGAAUUUGCACAUGUAUUAACUCUAAACACAAUCACGCAUGGGUUAGUACGUCCAACACGUGCAGUUUAUGGAGCAGCAAAUAUACUAGCGAUAUGGCAGAGGAGAAUGGAGACAGUACUACAUGGUAUGACGAAUGUGUUAAAUUUUUUCGACGAUAUCUUAGUAUAUGCUAAAAAUUUUGAUGAAUUGUUACAAGUGUUAGAAACCAUUCUAGGCCGUAUUCAGUUAAGUGGGCUGCGUCUGAAUAAGUCGAAGUGUGUAUUCGCCACAACAUCUGUGGAGUUUCUUGGUCAUCGAAUUGAUGCACAUGGCAUGCAUAAGUCCCAGAAACAUGUCGAAGCAAUAUUGAAUGCGCCCAAACCAUCAACGGUUGAAGAGCUUCAACUUUUCUUAGGGAAAGCAACAUACUAUGGCGCGUUCAUUCCGGAUUUGGCUACAAAGGCGCGACCAUUACGGGACAUGUUGAAAACAAAAGAAUUUUGCUGGACGGGAGAGGCAGAUGCAGCAUUUACUCAGUUAAAACAAAUAUUGACUUCACCUCAAGUAUUAAUUCCGUACGAUCCGUCACUACCGGUAAUGUUAGCAACAGACGCAAGUCGAACGGGUCUAGGUGCUGUAUUGUCACAUCGUUUAGAAAAUGGAGUGGAUCGGCCAAUAGCUUAUGCAAGUCGAACGAUGACUGCUACGGAACAACGAUAUACACAAAUUGAUAAAGAGGCGCUAGCUAUUGUGUGGGCAGUGCAAAAAUUUUUCAAAUACUUAUAUGCUCGUCAUUGGAUAUUGAUCACGGAUCAUAAGCCGUUAUCACAGAUUCUUCAACCUAAUAAAUCGCUUCCAGUACUAUGUAUAAGUAGAAUGGCUAACUAUGCAGAGUUUUUAAGCAGAUUCGAUUUCGAAGUUAUAUACAAAAAUUCAAAAGCAAACGCAAAUGCCGAUUAUUUGUCACGUGCUUCCCUUCAACAAAUAAAUCAAUUGCAACAAAUAGUAGCGACUCAUUCAGAUGAACGUGAUGAGUUCGAUAAUUUCAUGAUUUGCCAGAUAAAUCAGUUGCCUGUUAAAGCAGAACGUAUUGCAAUAGAAACCAGAAAGGACGAGCAUCUCGGCAAGAUAAUCAGAAUACUGGAAAGUGGCCGCUGUUUAAAAAGAGAAGGUUACAAAUCGCCAGAAGCGAGUUACGUGUUGUCAUCAGGGUGCUUGACGUUCGAACAUCGGGUCGUUAUCCCUCCACAUUAUCGACAAAGAUUACUAGAGAAUCUACACACACCGCACUUAGGAAUGGUAAAAAUGAAGCGCAUUGCUCGUUCUUUUAUAUAUUGGCCAGGAAUAGACAAAGAUAUUGAGAAUAUGGCCAACGAGUGUGAUGGGUGCGCGAGACAAGCGAAUAAGCCGGUGAAAUGCGAUAGUCAUCAUUGGGAAUACCCAAAAGGACCAUGGGAACGUAUUCAUAUUGAUUAUGCAGGGCCAUUUGAAGGAGCAAUGUUACUAGUAAUUGUUGAUGCUUACAGUAAGUGGUUAGAAGUUAAAAUCACAAAAUCUACUACGGCUGCAGAUACAAUUUCGCUUUUGGACGAUGUAUUUGCUGUUCUUGGAGUUCCGCUUAUGGUGGUUUCUGACAAUGGAACGAAUUUUACUUCUGUAGAAUUUAACGAUUUCCUCACAACAGUUGGUGUUAAAUACCAUAAAUAUUCAGCUCCGUAUCAUCCAGCUACUAACGGUCAGGCGGAGCGUAGCGUACAAACAAUAAAAAAUGCGCUAAAAGCAAUGGGCACAACAAGGUUUUCGCCAGCUCAGUUGUUUUUGGGACGACAUCUGCGAACACGCUUAGAUCACAUUCGCCCAGAGGAAAUUGCAAAGAAGGUGAAAGAUAAGCAAUAUUUGCAGUGUCAAUCUAGUAAUAGGUGUAGGGAAUUCGCACCAGGCCAAAGCGUAUACUUCUUAUCGGGCAAUUCGCGAAUGCAUAAAUGGCUCAGAGGAACAAUUAAUACACGUUUAGGUGAUCUUCACUACGAAAUACUUUUUAAUGGAAAGGAAGUAAAGAGACAUGUAAAUCAAAUUCGAAGAGCUGCAAGUGCACCCAUUAGAAAUACAGCGAAAGAAUAUCGUGAAUCAAAAUAUUUGUUCGAGAGUAGCGGUGACAAGACAAAGGACUCGCUUGAAGCAGAGAACAAUGAAACAACCACUGAAGGGAGUCCGGGAUUGGAGAAUGAGUUUGAGAAGCCAGAAAACAAUGAAGCAACCACUGAAGGGAGUCCGGGAUUGGAGAAUGAGUUUGAGAGGUGGACAACGCCCAACACAUCAAGAAAUGAGGAGUUUUAUUCAACACCACACCCAAUAUCUGAGAGUACGCCUGAGACGACCAACGUAACUCCCGAUGUACGAUGGUCGACAAGACUAAGGAAAACUAGAGUGUGUUACACACCAUGA